AUGAUAAUUUUAAAUAUAUGAACUGUUUUUAUUUUAAUAUUUAUUGUGGGUAAUUUAAUUUUUGUUUCUAAACAUAAACAUUUAUUAAUUGUUUUAUUGAGAUUAGAGUUUAUUGUUUUAAGAAUUUUUUUUUUUUUAUUAGUUUAUUUAAUUUUUAUUGAUUAUGAUAUAUAUAUAUUAAUAUUAUUUUUAGUUUUUUCUGUUUGUGAGGGGGCUUUAGGGUUAUCUAUUUUAGUUUCAAUAAUUCGUACUCAUGGUAAUGAUUAUUUUCAAAGAUUUAAUUUAUUAUAG